CGCCCAACGAGCCCAGCGCGAGCGACGACAGAGCCGCCGCAACUUCAACGCCGUCAAGACCAGCAAGAAGACAGCAACCAUGGGCCGUGGACCUAAAAAGCAUUUGAAGCGCCUUGCCGCUCCCUCGUCAUGGAUGUUGGACAAGCUGAGCGGAACCUACGCUCCCCGCCCCUCCCCAGGUCCCCAUAAGCUCCGGGAAUCCCUCCCCCUUACCAUUUUCCUCCGCAAUCGCCUGAAGUAUGCCCUGACUGGCCGUGAGGUCACCUCCAUCGUACAACAACGGCUCAUCAAGGUCGACGGAAAGGUCCGCACUGACAACACCUACCCCACUGGCUUCAUGGAUGUCCUCACCAUCGAGAAGUCUGGCGAACACUUCCGUCUCCUCUACGACGUCAAGGGCCGCUUCACCAUCCACCGCAUCACCCCCGAGGAGGCUGAGUACAAGCUCUUGAAGGUCAAGAAAGUUGCCAUCGGCGCCAAGGCCGUUCCUUACAUUGUCACCCACGACGGCCGCACCAUCCGUUACCCUGACCCCCUCAUCAAGGUCAACGACACCGUCAAGUUUGACUUUACUCAGAACAAGAUCACCGACUAUGCCAAGUUCGAUACUGGUAACAUCGUCAUGAUCACUGGCGGUCGCAACAUGGGUCGUUCCGGUGUUAUCGUCCACCGUGAGAAGCACAUUGGAGACUUCGAUAUUGUGCACGUGAAGGACGCUUUGGACCGUACUUUCGCUACGCGGAUAACGAACAUUUUCGUUAUCGGGGAGGGCACCAAGCCAUGGAUCUCGCUGCCCAAGGGCAAGGGCACUAAGCUCACCAUCGCUGAGGAGCGUGACGUCAGGAGGAAGCAGCGUGCGGCUGAGCAGUAGGCGUCGCGGGGCGGCUGCUGGCUUCUCUUGUUGUUUUCUGCUUUCAUUUCCCCCUUGUUUAUGCCAUGCUUGUAUGUUUUCCAUACUCUCUUCACCACGCCAAAAACAAUGCAUGCAUCAUUAUGACGGG